CUAAUAAUAUUUGAGUUGAGCCAAAGCAGGGAGACAGAAGAGUAACUUGUAAAGGAGUCAGAUGGGAGAAUAAAGAGGUCCAAGAAGAAAUUGAAGAGGUAGAAAAAUGUUGCAGUGCAUAUUUCUUCUAUCAGAUUCCGGGGAGGUGAUGCUGGAAAAACAGCUCACGGGUCAUCGGGUUGACCGCUCGAUAUGUGCAUGGUUCUGGGACCAAAUACUUACUCAAGGUGACUCUUUGAAGCUUGUACCCGUUAUUGCUUCACCCACUCACUACCUAUUUCAAGUGGUUCGUGAGGGGAUCACAUUUUUGGCUUGCACCCAAGUUGAGAUGCCACCUUUGAUGGCAAUUGAGUUCCUUUGCAGGGUAGCUGAUGUUCUUUCAGAUUAUUUGGAUGGAUUGAACGAAGAUCUGAUUAAGGAUAAUUUUGUUAUUGUUUAUGAGCUUCUGGAUGAGAUGAUAGACAAUGGGUUUCCUCUAACUACUGAACCUAACAUCCUGAGGGAAAUGAUAGCUCCACCAAAUCUUGUGAGCAAGGUUUUGAGUGUUGUCACCGGUAACACCUCCAAUAUGAGCAACACACUGCCGGGUGCAACAUCAUCUUGUGUUCCAUGGAGAAAAACAGACCUUAAGCAUACCAGCAAUGAAGUUUAUGUCGAUCUUGUGGAAGAAAUGGAUGCCACUAUAAGCAGAGAUGGAACUUUGGUAAAAUGUGAGAUAUAUGGUGAAGUUCAAGUAAAUUCUCAUCUAUCAGGUCUCCCUGAUCUCACACUGUCAUUUGCGAACCCUUCAAUUCUUAAUGAUGUGAGGUUUCACCCUUGUGUUAGACUUCGACCAUGGGAAGCAAACCAAAUUCUAUCCUUUGUGCCACCUGAUGGACAAUUCAAGCUUAUGAGUUACAGGGUAAAGAAGUUGAAAAAUACUCCAAUUUAUGUGAAGCCACAACUGACCUCUGAUUUGGGGACAUGUCGUAUAAGUGUGUUAGUUGGAAUACGAAAUGAUCCUGGAAAGGCAAUUGACUCCAUAACAGUUCAAUUCCGACUACCUCCUUGUGUUGUGUCAUCUGACCUUUCUUCAAAUCAUGGAGCAGUAAAUGUUCUUGCUGACAAGACCUGCUCGUGGACUAUUGGACGAAUCCCAAAAGAUAAGGCUCCAUCAAUGUCAGGUACCUUGGUGCUUGAAACAGGCGUAGAACGGCUUCAUGUGUUUCCCACUUUUCAAGUGUCUUUCAGGAUUAUGGGUGUCGCUCUCUCUGGCUUAAAAAUAGAUAAACUGGAGUUACUAAAUUUACCUUCACGUCCAUAUAAAGGUUUCCGAGCUCUUACACGAGCAGGUGAAUUUCAAGUAAGAUCAUAACUUUUUGUGCAAGAAGGCAAAACUUAUCAAGCGGGACCAUGACUUUUUGCCUCAAGUAGGUCUCUCAACUGUUGUAUCCUUAUUGUGGUGCAUUGAAACAUGAAUUCUGCUAUUGUUUAGAUUGUGUGCUUUGGUCCUUUAAAUGUAACUUCUUUUUCUGAGCAGUAGAAGAUAGAGUAAAUAUGGUUUGCAAAUCUCAGAACCAGUUUUCAGAUAUGUGAAAUUCUUGGAUGAAUCAA